CAGAUUGUAUCAGAACAAAUCCGUACGAGUUUUUACGUGACGUUGUACAAUAAGAUCUCGAAAGACACAAUCGAUCUGAACAGAUGACGGAUACAAUUCGUGCCCAAGUUGACGCCGUUUUCGAGUAUGGAGGCGAUAGUGGAAUAUAAUUAUGUGGCGCAAGAGGAUGACGAGUUGACGCUGAGAAAAGGUGACAUCAUCACCGGGAUUAAGGUGAUGCUCGGCGGAUGGUGGGAGGGUACUCUGAGAGACAAGCGUGGCAUGUUUCCCGAUAACUUCGUCAAGGUAUUGGAUACUUCGACAACCGGCAACGGAAGUAGCGGAGGCAGCAACAGCGACACUCUAAACAGCACAAAGUCUGACGAAGUUACCUUGAGAAAUGGAUCCGGCAGACGUUUCUGCAAAGUUCUCUUUAGCUAUGAUCCUUGUAACGAGGACGAAUUGACUUUGGUGCCACAAGACUCGAUAGAGUUCCUGGGAGAAGUUGAGGAGGGAUGGUGGAGAGGCCGUCUCAGAGGCAGAGUCGGAGUGUUUCCCUCGAACUUCGUCACUGCUCCCGCACCCGAGGAACAAGAGAGGCACAAAGAUCGUGAAAAGAAGGAAAUAUGUAGAGUACUUUUCCCUUACGAGGCUGCUAAUGAGGACGAGCUCACCCUAGUCGAGGGGGAUAUAAUUACACUUCUGUCCAGAGACGCGCCAGACAAGGGUUGGUGGAAAGGAGAAUUAAGGGGACAAGUAGGUCUGUUUCCUGACAAUUUCGUCGAAGUGAUUGGCGUGAAGAACGAAAACCAGGAUCAAGAUUCCCAGUGGCACGAAGUAACGUCGGUCAGCGGCAAAUCGAGCAUUAGACAUUCCCAUCAAGUGAAGAAGAGCGAGAAGGCGCACGUUAGAAAAAGUCUCGACACCAGGAAUGUACAUUCGAGUAAUAUAUCGGAUCACUUUCCCACCAUAGACACCACGAAAAAAGGCCUAUCUACCACAUCGUCCACUUCGGCGUCAUUGUCGUCCAUCGGCAGUGGAAGCGGCGAUAAGAAGGCGAUUGGCAGCCACUCAAUUAUAUCGAGCCUAAAACGUCUCGUGAGCGAUGUGGGAAACAAUAACGGUAUCAACAACGUCACGAGUGUCACGUCGGAGUGUCGCGAGGAAUUAGACGGCGUGGAGCGAGGGGAGGGUGCGCCUCUUUCGCAUCUGACGGCUUCUCGCGCCAAGGCGCCCCGACGACGUCCACCGUCGUCGCAACAUCUGCGCCAUCACGCCACAGGAUCCGCCAAUAUAAGCGCGUCCCCGACGCUGCCUACUGUUCCCAGCACUCUUUUGGAAGAUAAUUUGUCUAACGGACGCACCGACACCGCGCUGGAGCAGAUACCGGAUGAAGAGACGGACGGACUCGCGGCGAAAGCGAGGAGGAAAGCACCUUGGGUGGAAGAAUUGAAGAUGAAUCAGAUGGAGAGGAGAAAGACCGCCGCCGACCGAGGCGAUAAACCGGAGGUUGCCAAGAAGGAACGAAGUUUUCCACGGUUAAUGACGCAAGGCAACGUCGCGGAUUCCGCCAACAAGCCGGACGCUACCGAUAACGACGAUAGCAAACAAAAAGAUAAGAGCCCGAGAGCCGAUACGAGCCCCCACGCUGAUCACAGUCCGGGCGCGUCCGGACAACCUGCCUACGUUCCAUAUGCUCUCUACAGCAAACUGUUGGAAAGGGUCGCGGCGUUAGAGGAAAAAGUGGAAGAGCUCAACGAGCGAGUCAUCGAGCUCCGAACGCAAAGAUUAACAACAUAAGCGGCAUAAUAAGGAAGAAGAAUUUGAUUAGAGGCGUCUGUCUGUGUGGAGGCCGACAUUUUACACCACGGUGUUGUUUUUCUCAUUGCGUCACCAAUGAGAAAUCGAGAACUAACUAAUACCGCUGCUAUAUAUACAUAGCAUGUAUAACGUUUAUUGCUACUACCGUUGUUACAUAUACAUAUAUUUAUUCAUUUGGUAGCAUUCGUUUAUUGUUUGCACCACGUCGAGACGCAGUAGUUCGAUGAGCUGAUUAAGGCUGGUUGAAAAACAACAAAACGCAACAUUCCAUAUGUAUGUUACGACGACAUUCUACGCUUGUCACUACGAGUUUCCUCCUCCUCACUUGGUCUGCAAUGUUUCGAAACAGAUCUCAUUUGUGUGUGACUGCCGUACAUAUACUUUCACAUCAUCGGUCUCGAUAUGUAUAAUCGUAUAUAUUAUAUAUAUACUUGGUUUUACGGGAUGUCGCUACGCGUUUGUCAGCCGCGAACACACACACACACACACAGCAGCUUUAAAAAGAAAAAAAAACAAAUUCCCUCCUUCGUCUCUAUAUAAAAUUCAUUCCUUUCAAUUCGAACUCACAACACAUAUCACACAACUUUGUAAGACACAAAAAUCGUCGAAUGUAUAUUUGCACAUACGUUAGAUUGUUGAACGACGAAAAACUUCCUCUAUGUGUCAAGUACCAUGAAAAAAAAAAAAAAAAAUCUCUCUUGCGACUUGAAGUUCCGAAAA